AUGGCUCUCCCCCUUCGCACCGCCCGCCAUGCCUCUCGUCUAGCACAGACAAUUUCCCGCCGCGGUUAUGCCACGGCCGAACCCGACCUCAAAUCCGCCCUCAAGGCCGUCAUCCCUGCCAAGCGGGAGCUCCUCGCUGAGGUGAAAAAGCAGGGCGAUGAGGUCAUCGGCGAUGUCAAGGUUUCCAGCGUCAUUGGAGGCAUGCGUGGCCUCAAGAGCAUGCUCUGGGAAGGUUCUGUUCUCGACGCCGACGAGGGCAUUCGCUUCCAUGGCAAGACCAUCAAGGACUGCCAGAAGGAGCUACCCAAGGGCCCUACUGGCACUGAGAUGCUCCCGGAGGCCAUGUUCUGGCUGCUCUUGACCGGCCAAGUGCCAUCUACCAGCCAGAUCCGCGCCUUUUCUCGCCAGUUAGCUGAGGAAUCGCACCUCCCUGACCACAUCCUCGACCUGGCCAAAUCGUUCCCCCGCGACAUGCACCCUAUGACCCAAAUCUCGAUUAUUACCGCAGCUCUCAACACCGAGUCUAAAUUUGCCAAACUCUACGAAAAGGGCAUCAACAAGGCCGACUACUGGGAGCCCACAUUCGACGAUGCCAUCUCCCUUCUCGCAAAGAUCCCCCGUGUCGCGGCCCUCGUUUUCCGCCCGGACGAAGUGGACGUCGUCGGCAGACAGAAGCUCGACGCGGCCCAAGAUUGGUCUUACAACUUCGCCGAGCUCCUGGGCAAGGGCGGCUCCCAGAACGGUGACUUCCAUGACCUCCUCCGUCUCUAUCUCGCUCUUCACGGAGACCAUGAGGGCGGCAACGUUUCCGCCCACGCUACCCACCUCGUCGGCAGCGCCCUCAGCGACCCCUACCUCAGUUACUCCGCCGGUCUCCUCGGUCUUGCUGGCCCGCUCCACGGUCUCGCUGCGCAGGAAGUUCUUCGCUGGAUCAUCGCCAUGCAGGACAAGAUCGGCACCAAGUUUACCGACGAGGACGUCCGCACUUACCUCUGGGACACCCUCAAGUCUGGACGUGUUGUCCCCGGUUACGGCCACGGCGUGCUCCGCAAGCCUGACCCUCGCUUCCAGGCGUUGAUGGACUUUGCGGCCACCCGCAAGGAUGUUCUGGCCAACCCAGUCUUCCAGCUCGUCAAGAAGAACUCCGAGAUCGCCCCUGGCGUUCUCACUGAGCAUGGAAAGACCAAGAACCCCCACCCCAACGUGGAUGCCGCCUCCGGUGUUCUCUUCCACCACUACGGCUUCCAGCAGCCGCUGUACUACACAGUCACUUUCGGAGUCAGCCGUGCCCUGGGACCCCUGGCGCAGCUGGUCUGGGAUCGCGCCCUGGGUCUCCCCAUCGAGCGACCCAAGAGCAUCAACCUGCUCGGUCUGAAAAAGUAA